UUACAUCCAAUCAUCAUGCCGGUCUUUGGGGGAUCUUCCGAUUCCGAAGAUGAAAGAACGAUCCAUAAACCAACGUCUAAGCUCUUCACUCGCCAAAGAUCAAUUCACUCUAUUUUUGGAGGAGGCAAAGUUGCGGAUAUCUUGUUAUGGAGAGAGCCGAAAAUAGCUGCAACAUUGGUGAUUGGAGUUAGUCUUUUAUGGUUCUUAAUGGAAGUAGUGGAAUACAAUUUUAUAACCCUAAUUUGUCAUGCUUCCAUGACCUCCAUGCUUCUUUUCUUCAUUUGGUCUACUGCUUCUGAUUUUCUCAAUUGGGAAAGGCCAAUUAUACCAGAAGUGGUAUUAGACGAAUCUUCUUUCAAGCAUUUAGCAAGAAGCUUCCAUGCUAGAUUCAACCAAAUCCUUGCCAAGCUUCUUGAUAUUGCUUGUGGAAGAGAUCCUCCCCUCUUUUUUCUCGUAAGAGUACAACGAUCUCACUUUAUAUGCUAUCAAUCAUCGGGACAUAUUUCAACUUUGUGA